AAUCAGAAACCGUCGACUCCCGGCAUAAGCGAACGAGGAACGGUGGGGGUGUGGGAAUCUGAGUGUCAUGUGACGCGGGCUUUAACCGACGGGCGGAGGCUGAAGACGUGCCCGGGCUCUGUCUCGAUGGCAUCGACUUUGACACAAGGCUUGGAGAGAAUCCCAGACCAGCUGGGUUACCUGGUCAUCAGUGAAGAUGGAGUCCUCUCCUCGGCAGGUGAGCUGGAGAAUGAUGAACAUGCUGCAGGAGUGAUCAUGCGCAUGAUGCAGACGGCUGUCAAACUCUCUAUGAAUGGCAGCAGCGAGCCUUUCUUCAAGAGGAUGUCUGUGGUAUUCGGAGAGCACACGUAUAUGGCGACAAUUUCUGGUCAGAAAGUAUUUGUGGUUAAAAGGCACAAUAACCCUCAUGAGGCGGUUGAAGUGUAACAGGGUAGCGGUGAAAGAGCGAGUGAGAGAGAGAGAGAAAACGAUGGAGCCUCCUCUGACCCUGAUGGCGCAGAUCGCGUUUCCUGCACGGAUUUUGGACAGCAAUUCAUUUCCAGCAGUUGACUCUUGAACGUUGUGUUUGGGAGCAGCCAGUUUCUUGUUCCUUCGCGGUUGUACAGCGAGUAAUUGAACAGAAUGUGUGGUAUCUUCACAAUGACUGUAAACUCCAUUUCUGUCACUUUGACAAUCAUUGUUCUAUCACUUCUCCCCCACAAAGAAAAUGCUGUGACUGUGAAGCUAUUAGACUUACUUUUGUCCCUUUCUUUUGCAUUAACCAGUUUUAAAAAAAACUUCAAAAUGCGUCGGUCUAAAUGCCUCCAGACUCUUUCGUCAAACUCUGCUCUCUGAUGGUUUAGACAAUGGAGAGAGAAUGGUAGAAAUUUAGACAGUUAUCACUGUACUGUGGAACUCACUGUAGCUUCUCAACUUGUGAUAUUAAAGAUAAUAACUUUUCAAGUCAUAAUAAAUGUUUGGUACACACUC